UCCCACGUUUGGUCUACCCCUUCACAGCACAUCAUUCUCCUCUCCUUAGGAAAAAAAAUCUCAAAGCCUUAUAUAUAUAAAUAAAUAUAUAUGACCACCGCCCUCUUCAUCCACAGAGAGGAAAUACACCCACCCACCCUUUCCAUACAUCCCGUACAACGAGGCCAUGGACGCUGCACCAGAAGCAGCAGCAACAGCUGCACCAGCAGCAGCUGUUGCACCACAAGAAGAGAAAAACCCAAUAGACCAGCCCUUACCUUCUUUUUCUAACAGCAACAGCAGCUCAUGCAGCAGCAGCAGCAGCAAGAAAUGCAAGGGCAAAGGCGGACCCGACAACAAUAAAUUCCGGUACCGGGGCGUCCGCCAGCGAAGCUGGGGCAAAUGGGUGGCUGAGAUCCGGGAACCCCGAAAGCGGACCCGCAAGUGGCUCGGUACUUUCUCCACAGCCGAAGACGCUGCUCGUGCCUACGACCGGGCCGCUACAAUCCUCUACGGCCCUCGUGCGCAGCUUAACCUGCAGCCAUCGGUUCCACCGCAAUCUUCAACGUCGUCGUCGUCGUCGUCCACCUCCGUGUUGAGACCGCUGUUGCCGCGGCCCACCGGGUUCAGCAUGAGUUAUGCAUCUUCAUCCUAUCUACCGUUCGAUCAGAGCAGUUAUGCAAUUCCAACGGUGGGGUCGGGUCCGGGUGCGGGUCCAUUAUGUUCUGGGAUGGGAAUGAUCCAUGGCCCCAUUGAAAGUGACUUCCAAAGUACAGCCCAAGGUGGCCCACAGCACCAACCUUACCAUCGGUAUCAUCAUUAUCAGAAUGUCGGGAUCGAUGUCGGAUCUGGAUAUGGAAACCCUAACCGAACACUCUACGAGGAGAUCAACAGCCUUGCGGGAUCCGUUGGGUCGAGCUUAUCUCUUACUUGCCAACCCAUAGUAUCUACCACCACAGCAGUAUGUGAUCCAUUGCCAUCAGUUGCUCCUGAGCAAAUUCUUCAGCAGCAAGCAAUGCCCAUCUAUUUGUUUGUAGUGCAACCGGAUUCGAUAACACAAGGGCUAAGAAACUGCAUUGAAGAUUGGAUUUACAAGAAGGCGCCUGCACCUUUAUUAUUGGAGAAUCGACUUGCAUGUUGAAGAUAAGAGGGUUUUCUCAGGCAUGGUUCUUACACCACUUGCAUGUCUUCUCUCCUCACCUUAUCGAGAAGAAAUCUGCACUUUUUUUUUUUUAAUAACAAUCUAUGUUUUAUUUUCUGUGCACUUUGGCAGCUUAUUUUUCUAAUGUGAAGGCUUUGAAGUUUAACUAGGGUUUUUCUUCAUGAUAGUACGCCCUUUUGUAAUCUAUUUGAUAUUGGCAGAUUUUGAUUAAUAAAUCUGUUUUAAUUAUAUUGCUCCUAUUAUGUAAGCCCUUUCAUUUCAUUCACCGUUGGUUUUAGCAUUUGAAAAUGGUAAUUUUACAUUGCAUGUUUGCAAUGUGUUUGAUUUGGGAAGUGGCAAGUCUACCUCCAUUUCUUUGAGGCUGCUUGGAUUCCUUGUGUUGAGUUGCA